UCAUGGGGUUAAAAUACUGUGAUAGGACGUAUUGGUCGGGUUAGCCAAUCAGAUUAUAGAGGCGUGGCAAAUCUCGGAAGCAUAGGGCGGAGCUUCGCGGCAGUGUUUGGCUGGCACGAGAGUAUAUCUGUUGGUUUUUGUUCAGCUUUCAUGACUCCACAAUGGGAGCUGGUAUCUCUACCUCGAUGGGAGAUGACGGCAUACUGGAUUCUCUCCUUCUCCUCCCAUCUCUAUUCUUUCUACCAGUUGCACAGGUUUUCUGAAGAGCAUGAGGUCAGCCUGGACAGAGAGGUGCAGCUGGAGAGAGGAUUCCUUAUAUGGGGAUUCAAGAAGGACCCUACAGAUUUUGAGUGGAGUUUUUGGAAUGAGUGGGCAUGGCAAUCUCUUUUGUGGUCAUUGAUUGGCCACGCUGUGCUGUCCAUAUUGGCAGAUAAUCUUUUGCCUCAGUUCCGACUGGCAGUCAUAACGGUGUAUGGCUUCCUCUCAGCUGGUUGGCUUCUCGGAGUGCGGGGCUUGACUGUCUUGAUGCUGCAUCUGAGCAUCUCAUUGGUGGUUGCUCAGCUACGUAGCCCCAUCCUCUCAUGGUUUUGCUCCCUCCUGCUGCUCUCCACACUCAAUGUCCCUGCCCUCCAGGAUUUACAGCGUGGUUGGUAUACAUCUGAAGACCAGUACUACCUCUUGCUCUUUAGUACUGCUGUUUGUAGCUUGCGCUGCAUCAGCUUUAGUCUGGAGCUGUGCUGGCACCCCCUGCAGGCUGGAAGACCAAACCACUGCUCCAAUCUAGAGGAAAAAAGACUGAAGACUCUGAUUUUUCAGUUCUACAAGCUCACUGCCUACUGUUUCUAUCACCCCCUGUUUUACAAUGGACCCAUUGUGACCUACAGAGACUUCAGUGAACAGAUAGAGAGGCCGGUGUAUAAAGUCUCUGUGGUGUAUGUGUUGAGUGGAAUACUGCGUGUGUGUGUCUGGUGGUGUUUAGCCGAAUUCAUGAUCCACUUUAUGUACAUGCACGCUAUCCAGAGCAACGAAACCUACCUGGAGAUGCUGCCGCCCUGGGCGCUGGGUGGUUUGGCUCUUGCGUUGGUCCAGUUUUUUUACAUAAAGUAUCUGGUCUUGUUUGGAACGGUGUCUCUGCUUGUCAGACUGGAUGGACUAGAGCCUCCAAAGUUACCACGCUGUGUCAGCAUCAUGUACAGCUUCACUGGGAUGUGGAGACACUUUGACGUUGGGCUUUACAAAUGGCUCAUCAGGUACAUAUAUGUGCCACUGGGCGGCUCUCAUCACGGUGUGUUCCGGAAACUCAUCUCCACAGCGCUGGCAUUUGGGUUUGUGUGUUUCUGGCAUGGUUGCCAUGACUACCUGCAGUACUGGGCCGUGCUGAAUUGGGUUGGGGUGUUGGUGGAGAACGGUCUCGCACUCCUCUUUUCCUCUCGUCCUCUUCAUCCCAUUAUUGUGCGUUUUCUGUCACCUCGGAUGCAGAGGCGUGGCCUAGCGCUUAUCUCCGCCCUCUCCACUGCUUUUUUGAUUCUGUCCAAUCUGUUUUUUCUGGGUGGGAUCCAUGUGGGCAGAAUCUUCUGGAAGAGGGUGUUUGUCGAAGGCUGGUCUUCUGUGGCCAUUCCAAUGGUUGCUUUUCUCUAUUGCUUUGCUCAAGUUGGUAUUGAGUGGGACAUGAGAUGACAACAUCUCUCAGAGCAGAAUCCUUGGAAGGCAAACUUUCUCACAGAAAACACUAUGUAUUAAUUUCCAUGUGGAGAAAUGAUUUCAGUGAGGAGGUUUCAGUCAGUGGAUAAUGACCAUGCUGUCUGCUGAAUACAUCUGAAGUUGAAUUAGGGCUGUUUUUAAAGAACGACCCUUUGAAGGACCUCUGUGAGCAGACAGACGUGUUUGUUCUUCCAAACCCUGCAGUGUGAUAGAACUGCACAGCUCCGUUUGAACUUCACUAUCAAAAUACUCAUUGUUCCCCAAAAUACUAUAACAUCAUUUCUGUUCAAACACAUAUAUGCACCAACACACUGAAUGAUAUGCUCUCUGUGUGUGUGUGUGUGUGUGUGUGUGUGUGUGUGUGUGUGUGUGUGUGUGUGUGUGUGUGUGUGUGUGUGUGUGUGUGUGUGUGCGUGCGUGCGUGUGUGUGUGUGUUUGUCUGUGUGUGUGUGUCUGUGUGUCUGUUUGUGUGUGUGUGCAAUAGCAUGUUUGGGUGAAAUUCACAAAGUCUGUCAUGAACAUGUUCAGUAUAUAUUUCACCCCAAAUUCAAAAGAAAAAAAAAUUAUUUUGUAGAAAUAAAAUAUGUGCUUUAAGAUUUUAUAUUCGUAAUUUAUAUUAUAUUUUACAUGAAAUUUAUCAUGUUCAAUUCUCAGUACUCAAUAAUAAUAAUAAGCUAAAUUAAAUGUAAGAUUUUAUAUUUAAUUAAUGUUCAUUUUAUUUUAAUAACAGGACAACUAUGAAUACAAUUUUUUUCUUUUGAUUUGGGGAUUAAAUGGGGGAUUUCCUCUUUUAGGCUUUUGUGAAAUAAAUCUAACCAUAGAAAAGUUUCUCAAUCAUGAACUGGUGUCUGGUUUCUAAUCAUGUAGUGGCCAAUUUUGUUGUUGAGACACUGUACUUUGGUUCUCAAGUCUGAAAAACUAUGCAAACACCCUAAAGUGAGUCUAAGAUCUGCAAGGAUUCAUUUCCCCUCGCUAAAUGCAAAUUUGAACUCACUCAGCAAGAGUCAGACAGGUCUGCUUCAAAGAGUGAAUCCAUUAGCUCUAUGGGGUAAGAGGCAAGAGAUUAAAUACUCAUGCAGUAGAGGAGUACUUUCUUUUUAAUGGUAAUUUAUUCAGUUUUCCUUUGUAUUUACCAAGCAUAUCUUAACCUUAUUUUAAGUGCAAAACAAGCCAUGCUGUUGGCGUGUUUGAUCAAAUCGGUCAUGAUCAGAUGGUAACAAAUCUCUGCGAGUAAACCAUGCUAGUGUCUAAAGGCUGUGCAUUUCUCCAUAAACAAAUCAACUCUGUACAGUCCUCAUUCUCAUUUUCUCUCAUGAUGAAAAAGUGCAUUCUCUGAAUAUUAUGACUGUUAUUGCUGUGCUGCAGAGGCAUGCAGUGACAUCAGGGCUGCGUUUGUUUGUUAUAUUACAUUGAUUACAUCAUGUGGUUCAGGUUAAAUGUUAUAUCUGGGCUGGAGAAGCAUGGCAGGAAUAAUCUGGGUGAAAUACAGCAGCAAUGAUUAUUGCUUCAGAAUCAGCUCAGGCUGAUGCUUUACAUUCCAGUUUACAUGGAUUUGCAUGUCAGUAUUGUUAUUAGUAUUACUGUAACAUUCAUAUGUCUUAUUUAAAAUCAGUUCUGGGUUGCUCCCUAAAAGAUGGGGAAGUAACAGCACAGGGUACAAACGCUAAACCUUUUCCAAUUCCAGCUCAGUAUCUGGAGUAUAAGCAAAUGACCCAUAAUAUUAAAGCUAAUUAAGAUGUCGUUAUUGUAAAACAUGCUCUGAAGCAUAAAACAACCUUAAUUGGAAUUUUACCAUUUAAUAUCGUUUCUCUGGCAUCCUGCUGACAGAAUGAGAUAAUUAUCUCUCAAGGGCAAUUUUUUUUUUUUUUAAGAAUCUAGGAUGUUACAAAAUCUUCAUACUGUACAAAUCUAUCUUUGUUGUAAACAGAAAUAAAUCUUCAUGUUGUUAGAGCUACUCGUCUUUUUUUCUCCAACAAAAUCUGUUUUCCUCACAUUUAUGUUUGAUAUGACCUUGGUAGCGUUUUGGUUUUACGUCAUUAUUUUGAGUCAUGUUUCUCUCUCUUUGCUCUCAGGUAGUGGAGAAGCAGGUGAUACUGACCUCAGCACAUCUCCUGUGGACCUGAUAAUGACCUCUCUAACCUGAGAACAUCACACAGCAUGCUAACAUGUGCCUUAACCGCUCACAGUAUGUUCAUAACCACAAUUCUCAACAUGCGUAUCUGAGUUUGUAUAGUCAGGCACUCGUUCUCUUUCUGAGAUACAAAUGAGAAUAUAUAAAUACAAGUUCAUAUAUUCUGUGACAGAGAAGAAGAUAUUCCGGUUUGGUGGUGUUGAUCUGAAUAGACUGGAUCUCUGUGUUUUCCCCCUGGACCUCAUUAUGGAAAUCAAGGUGGAGUUGAUAUGGGGGAGGGACGCUUGGAAAAAAGAGUGAAAUAAACAGCUAUUUAUAUCUUAGCCAUGUGAUUAACGGAUUUACUGAACAGGCUCCUCCCAAACUUGCAUUAGGCGCUUUGUUUGAUAUAAUAAUAGGGGAGACUGGCACUAGCUGUCAUAUCUUCAGUGAAUAUUUCUCAAGGUUGUUUUAUUUUUACAAGGCAUUUUCUCUACAGACACAUAUCUUACGGUCUUGGUUACAAAAAAGCUGUUUUCACAGAAAAAAAAAAAUUAUUCAGUUGUCAGAGUGGGAAUUAAAAAGCCUAUUUUAGGCCCUUGACAACAAGUCCCAGUCUCUCCUAUUAAACAAUGAAAAGGUUAGACAUUAAAACAGACCUGGUGGGAACAUAAUGCCACAUCUUUAGUAUUUAAUAUGUAAAAACAUCCAGGAAAGGGGUCAGAAUGAGCUCUCAAACCAUCACCCCUCUUGAUUCCUGAGAUUCAUGUUUAGAUGUUGGCUUUAAUGCGUAAAGUUCCUCGUAACUGUGUUAUGUUGUACUGUGGUGUUGUGAAAAAUCAUGAGUAUUGAUUACAUCCAUCAAUUCAUUUUGCAAAACAAAGCUACAAUGCACUAGAGAUCUGAAUAAUAAUAGUGCACCCACGGUAAUAUGCUUGUGUGCUUUCUGGAAGACCCAAUCGUUGAUAAAGAAACAACAUGCAUGCUUUCAUUUCACUAGUUCUUCCGUUGUUGUUUUAUAAAACUUGGCCUCUGCAAUCCAACAAGUCACUAAUGAACUUGUUUGAAGAUGCCUGUUGUAGACCAAAGGAGGUGAAGGUCCUUUCACAUGACUUGUGAAAUGCAUUGCCAAUGCAUUGAACAUCAUGCUACAGCGUUACCUCUGACACACAUUGUCUGCAGACCACACACUGUAACACAGUGCUCAAAAUUAUAACCGUUUCCCACGAAGUCGAA